AUGAGAAUCAUAAUCAUAUAUCCAGGUGGCCAUUUCCGCCUUGACAUGAUGUUCUACGCGUCCAUCACGGUCAGCUCGCCUACAGUCAUUAUGUCCCAGCUAGUGCAAUCUGAAUAUACGCAAGCCAUGCACUCUUCUUUCUCCUUCAGCCCCGACAUUGACGACACGCCAGAGUCAGAUUUCAACCAAGAUGAGCGCCCAGGAACGUCUUCCAGUAAACCCAGCUCGAACCGCUCCCGUGUUCAUGUCAUCUGUUCCAAGGCGAAGGGGGGCUUUGACAAAAUUCAAGCCAAAUGCAGAAUGGAGAAUAUCCCACUGUCACUCGUCAAACAGGACAUCCAGCCCGGACAGGAAUGGAUUAAAGGUGCCAUGUUUUGUGCGUGGGGAACGGCAUCAAUUGCUGUCUUGAAUAUAAUCCUCACAAUAAUCGCAGUUGGUAUCGCGUGUUCAAGGAAAGCAGGGGACAAACACUUUACAUAUACACAGCUCUAUGAAGGUAAUUGUUCGCUCACAGGUAACUGGGCUACUGGGAUGCAUUUGGUUAUCAACGCCCUCGGCGCUCUGUUGUUGGCAGCCAGCAAUUAUGUUAUGCAAUGCCUCAGCGCACCGUCACGGGCCGAUGUCGACAACGCCCAUUCAAAAAGUGACUGGCUUGAUAUUGGAGUCUUGAGCCUGCGCAAUAUGUGGAUAAUGAGUGCGCAGAGGAAGGCUCUCUGGGGUCUACUUUUAAUUACUUCACUGCCUAUUCAUAUGCUGUACAACACGGCCAUCUUCUCUUCAAUAAGCACCAUGCAAUAUGGAAUUGCUGUCAUUCCAAGUGAUCUCGGGAGAAAUGAAUCUCUCGUCAAGGAUGAAUACGAAGCCCAGUCAUUCUACAAGGAACUUGGUUCGACCCCUGAGGACGUCCUAGCAGAAAUAUUCAACGGCACAUUCCGCAGCAUGAGUCUCGCCGAUUGCAGUAGUAGAUAUAACAAAGAAUUCAACACCGAGGCGGGCGCGAUUCUAUUUCUCACGGACAGAGAGAACCUCCACGGAUCUUCCAGCCAGUCUAUCUUGGACGAGUAUUUCUGGACGAAAGAUUUAACCGAUCCUGGGCCUCAACUGAAAUCUGAAAAGUGGAACUAUCUGCCUUGGUCUUUCAAAGCCAACGGCACCGACGAUUGGGGUGAAUUGGAUGGCCUAUGCCCUAGCUGGUCCCCAGACCGGGACGAGGCAGCCUGUACGGACAUAUCUCAGGAUGUACGCACACUUGCAACUUUCAUCCUGAAAGAAAAUCCCAGUGAAGUCCAACUGGGUGACUUUCUUAACACGACUUCGAAUUGGCAGAAUAGCACAUGGGCGUCCGGGAUAUCGUUUCGUAUCGACGCGCGUUUGGAUCCCCACUGGGGUUAUUAUGAGCGCAUGGAAUGUUACUGUUCUGAUUCCCCUGGGCGCGGAGUUGAUAGCAAUAUCACGGUUUCUGGCUGCAUGACCAGCGACGCAGAGCAGCACUGCGGGCUUUACUUUAGCCUGCCUAUAUCCAUCGCGGUGAUUGCAUGCAAUAUUGUUAAAUUCCUUUGCACGUAUGCAACGGCGAAAACUAAGCGCAGAGAUAUUUUCUUGACUGUCGGUGACGCAGUGUCUUCAUUCCUCGACAGCCCUGACGAAACGACACGGCGUGAUUUCCCCUUCCCUUCUAAACGCAAGAGAUGGUUGCAGGCCGCAAGCUGGAGACGCUGGGCCUUUACUUAUAUCCUGUUUUCUAUCUGCCUGGGCGCCUCCAUCUUCCUUUGCUUUCUCGCCAUGCCUACCAGUGGGAUUGGGUUUUCUAGGGCGAGAAAACUAGGCAUAGGAAAGCCCAGCGGGGACGCAUUCAUCGAGGAUAUAAGAGACCAGGGCCUCAUUACCCUAGCGCUGUUGGCAAACUCACCGCAGCUUGUAUUCUCGACUCUAUAUCUCGUGUGCAAUGGAGUGCUUACGUGCAUGCUGGCCGUGGCUGAAUAUAACGACUUUGCCACAGAACGAAAGCCACUGCGGGUUUCCUAUCCAAGAGGCGAGCAGCGGUCAACCUACUACCUCAGCCUCCCCUACCGGUACAGCAUCCCGCUUAUCACAGUCUCGGUAUUCAUGCACUGGCUUCUCUCUCAAUGUAUUUUCCUGGUGAAGGCAGCAUCCUUCGACAUAUAUCAUCGGUUGUUCGAGUAUGCCCAGGGAUGUGGAUACUCCCCGCUUGCCAUAUUUAUCACCGUUAUAGUGGGUGCAGUCGCCAUGAUAUUCCUUUUCGGUCUCAGCCUUCGGCCUCUCAAAUCAAACCUACCCCUGCUUUCUUCCUGCAGCACUGCAAUCAGUGCAGCCUGCCAUCCACCGCCUGGAGACGAGGACGCAGCUGUCAAGCCGGUGAUGUGGGGAGAGGUUCAACAGGAUUCGAGCAGCAGUACAUUUUCUUAUCAAUCUACUCUCGAGGGCCGGAGGGAGGACUAUACAUAUUGCACCUUUACUUCGAAGGAAGUUACUACUCCUAGCAGUAGUUUACACCCUUAG